UGGAAAUGUUCUUUGUGUAAUGGCGUUUACAUGUGUAACAUCGAGUGCUUUAAUAGACAUGAUGUGAAAGUGUGAUUAACCGUCAGCAUCACUCUAUGUGUGUUUAGGCAGUUAGGCUGCAUGUAUCAUAGCUGCACAGAAGAAAUGUCAGUGUCGGUGUUUACUUUCUGGAAACAUCUGUUCUCUGCUGCCUGGAGAGGAAUGUGGGUGCUGCGAGAUCCUGGGCGACCAUUGCCACUGCUGUCCCCCCUGCGGGUGGGCAGAUCAGGUUGGCCGGGCCUCCAGACUGCAGGAAAGAAGGACCAUGUGGAUCUGGAUGACCUCAACGAGGAGGAGCUGGAGGAGCAGUUUGUUCGGGGAACAGGGCCAGGUGGUCAGGCGACCAAUAAGACCAGCAACUGCGUGGUGCUGAAACACAUCCCGUCUGGCAUCGUGGUGAAGUGUCACCAAACCAGGUCCUUGGAGACUAAUAGGAAGAGGGCUCGGGAAGUCAUGAAAGAGAAGCUGGAUGUUUUCUACAAAGGAGAAGAAAGUGACAUUCUCAGAAAGAAGAAGGAGUCUGAGUGUAGGAAACUGGAGAAGAGGAAAAGGGUCAAAGAAUUGCUUGAAAAGAAAAGACUGUUUAAAGAAACCAUAGCAGCCAUUUCCAAACUAGGCAGUGACACAAGGUAGUAUCCAGAUCCUGUUUUAAUGAUGUGUUAAAACUAGGUAUUUUCAACUUUGUGGUUAAAGUUUUUCUGUGCAGAAUAAAUCCAGUCUUAUAAUUAAAACAAAAUCAUAGCUGUGGACUAAAGAUGGGUAGAAUACUACUGUAUUUGCUUCUGUGUGGUUGUUUUUUUUCCCCUCUCUCAGCAGUUCCAUAUAUGAAAUUUUAAAAAAUGUUUAGACUUUCAAAUGAAUACAUUCAAAAGUAUUGAAGUGGGUAUUUUGAUGUGGUUAAUGACAAAAAUGUCAGUUCUUUUCUAUGCUCUGUAGCUGAAGAGUCAUCCUUAACCUAAGGUGUUUUUCUGUGAGAUGUAUGUUGCUUUGGAUAAAAGUGUUAGCUAAAUGAAUAAAUUGUUUUAUACAGUGAAUUUUAGCAAAGCAAUUAAUGUGUUACACUGAAGGGUCUCUCAGGAAAUGAACUAGGUGCUUUUGGGUUAUUCUUCCAGUAAUAUAUUGUUACCAGUAUUUUUUUAGGCUUGAUUUUCUGCUACUUUGCUGAAAUGAUUGCACAUUAGUUGAUUGUCCUGUUCUUAGAAAGUUAUAAUUCAGUGACUUAAAUGAACAUCGUGAGGGCUGCAUCCUACCAAAGAGAGGGUGUUAAAAACAUAACUGAUUAAUUGGAGAAUGUGUCAGAAUAUGGAUUUCAGAAACUUUGAUGAAUCAACACAAUUUUUUUUUUAAUUUAUUUAUUUAUUUUUAAAAAUACUUCUGUAACUUA